AUGGUUCAAGAAAAAAGUAUCGACGGUUCUAUCCCCAACAACAAUACUCCCAUACAUGAUACAAAAACCGAACAACAAUUUAUUAUCUUAGAACAAUUUCAAAAAUAUCAGCCAAACGUAAUUUACCAAUUGGCUAAAGAAUACGAAAAUCAUGCAAUUAAAAGUUUCCACCGGAUUAAGACAGAAUAUCAACUGAGACAAUAUUAUACUUUACUCUCCAACGCUAUCAAAUGCUAUCAAUAUCUAAAAAAUGGGUUCCAAUUAUCGCCCAAACAAGAUUGUCAGAUCACCAUAGAGUUAUGUUCUUUAAUAAUAACUUAUUGUCAAGAUGAUUACACCACUUCCAUUAGUUUUAAUAAACAUGAAUAUGACGACAAAAAAUGUAUGGACACCAAUAUUGAUUUGGUGAGGAGAUACUUGGAUAGUUGUAAAAUGAAAUUAGUCUCCUUGAACAAUGCUGAUUAUUUUGAAAAUAUCAUGAAUUUAGAAUUGAUGUUAAAUUUCAUUAUACCCGUGAAUAUCGGUUCUACUAACGAUAUAAAAACUAGUAUUAACAACUGCAAGAGGGUUCAAAGAAAUUUACAAAACGAAUCAGAUAACAUUAUUAAAAUGAAUGUACCCAGAACUAGUAAUUAUAUUAUUUUAGUAACGAAAUGGAAAUUGAUUUUUGAAAUGGCAGAAAUAGAAUUAAAAGCAACAGGAACCCCGAUUGCACUUGAUUCUUCGUUAUUAUAUGAUUAUAAGAAAAUACUUUCCCAUUGUAAUGACUUGAAUUUACAACAAACGCUCUUUUAUCAAUACCUAUUAUUAUCGUUUAUCAAUUUUUGUUUGGAGGAGCAUAUUGAUUAUGUUUCGAUCAAAGAUAUCUACCAACUUUUUAAAGAUUAUGAAUUUACUUGUGUUGAAUUUAACAUGUGGAAAUCAAUCUUAACUAUAUUGUAUAAAAUCUCAAAUGACCAAAAUAUUAGCGAAAAUUUAGAGCAAUUUAAAUUUGACCUUAACAAAAAUAAACAAUACUUAAUCACUUGCUCGAAAAUUACAUUGGACCUAUUCCCAUUGGAAAUUAAUACCAUUAUUUUCCAAUAUACCAAUUUAAAAAUACUAAUUUCAUUAUUUCAAAGUGUCUCCUAUUUGGUUAAUUGUCAUGAUAAAUCAAGUAACUUUAGUACUAAACUUCUUCCGAAAUGCGUGAAGUUCUUUGCUUUAGAUGAUUUCAAAAAGAUGGAGAAAAUGAACAAUGCUUUUAGAAAUGUUUCUAGCCUAAGUGUUUAUCAGAAAUUGCAGAAUAAAAUGCUCGAGUUAGUGGAGUUUUAUAUGGGCUGGGAAUCAUUAUUGUCCACAAUAGCUGAGGAUACUAUUACUUCUGAUAAGGACGUUAUUGACAGUGAUGACACUAUCUAUAAAAAGGUUUUAAAAGUAUCGAAGUUACAGUUAAGCUCAAAAAAAUACUCUAAUAUAGCCACCAUUCUAAUUGAAAAUUACACCCACAUAUUACAAGAUAUAGAUUGUACCAAUAAUGAUGUUACAACAAAAGUUAAGUACUAUGAUUUGAAAUUGUAUUGUUUAUUUAACUUGUAUAUGCUUCAUUGCAACUGCAAUAAUUUAGAUAUAGCAGCAAAUCAAAUUGAACCAGAAAUCUUAAAGAUAAUGCCGUCAUUCGAGUCAAAUAAUUUAAUUAGAUGUACAUGGAUAUUGAUAUGGAUUAUAACACACUUCAAGCCAUUUAUAGAAGUACCACUUGUGUCCAUCAUAAAUGAUACAGAUAUUAAACAAAGAAUUAUAACGGAAUUAGAAAAUUUUAUAAAAGUCAAUGUCGUUAAAUCAUCAUCACCACCCAUUGAUCCUAUCAUUAUCAAAAAAUAUAAAUUAAAAAAAUCUGAAUUACUUUUUUUUUUAAUGGAAAUUGUUGGUAGUUUCAUUGUUUUCCAUAAAACUGAGGAUAAAGAACAAUAUUUGCAACAGGCUUUCCAAUUGGGAAAGCAUUCUAAGACCAUAAACGAUCAUUUACUAUAUGUCUGUGGAUUAGCCUGUCUGAACAACAGCAUUUUACUUUACGAUAAAAAAAAGAUAUUAAUCAUGAAAAAUAAAUUGAAAAGAAUUGUGGAAAAACUACAAAACUAA